AUGGCCACUUCCACCACAACAUUAAAUAAAGAUUUUGAAUGGGUUGUUACAAAAUUUGAAACAAUGAUUAAAAGAGAAACUGAAAUUUCGGUUGCAAUCCCAACUAUUGGAAUUUUAACAGAGGUAAUUAGAAAUAGUCAUGCAACUACAAUUAUGGGUUUACAAAAAGAUUUAGAAGAUGCAGCUAAACAAUUAAAAACAUGUCCAUUCAAUCAAUCAAUUUCAUUAUCAUCAGUAUGCGAUCUUUUUAUUCGUUUUGUUACAAGAACCUCAUUAGAUUUCCCAAAUUUUGAUCAUGUAAACAGAAUUAAAAUUUCACAAUUAGCAGAUAAAUUCAUUAGAGAUGGCGUCACUAUUUUAGUACAUGGUUUUUCAAGAGUAGUUUUAGCACUUUUAUUAAAUGCAGCCUUUCAAGGUAAAAGAUUUUCAGUUAUUGUUACUGAAUCAAGACCAGAUUCAUCAGGUUAUAAAACAGCAGCAAGAUUACAAGCAGCAAAUAUACCAGUUAAAUUAAUUAUGGAUGGUGGAGUUUCAAGAAUUAUUGAUAAAGUUGAUUAUGUUUUAUGUGGUGCUGAAGCUAUUGUCGAAAAUGGUGGUAUUGUUAAUAAAAUUGGUACAUAUCAAAUUAGUAUUGUUGCAAAAGCUUUCAAAAAACCAUUCUAUGUUGCUGCAGAAUCAUUUAAAUUUACACGUUCAUACCCACUUAACCAGUCUGAUAUCGAAAGUUUAAAGAAUGAACAUAUUUCUGAACCAUUUAAAGUUUGUAAUUCUUGUUCAAAUUGCGAAAACCCUGAACAAUUAACUAUUGAUUCACCAACCUUAGAUUAUACACCACCAUCAUAUAUUACUUUACUUUUCACAGAACUUGGUGUUUUAACUCCAUCAGCCGUAUCUGAUGAAUUAAUCAAACUUUAUUAUUAA